AUGGAUAAAAAGCAAGGUACUCAAUCGUAUCAAGAAGAAGUGAAUGCAUUACGUUCGAAACUAUGUCAACUAGAAGUUAAUGCAAUAGAAGAAAAAGCCUCCAAUGAAGUACGAAAAUGGCGACAACAUUUUGACACAUCUUCGUCACGUCAAAUUUCACAAGUACUUAAUGAAAUUGAGAAGCGUAAACAAACAGAAGUCAGCCGUUUGGCCAAUGAACUACGUACUUCUCUCGAUCAAUUCAAAGAAACUAAUCUUAAACGUCUUGCUGAACUUGAUGCAUUUAUUUCAAUGGCAGAUCAGGAUGACGAAAUUCAACUAGAUUAUGUUAAAUUUGAAUUAAAUUCGGUCACCAAGAAAAUUGAUUCACUUCAUUUUAACAUUAUUGUACAGGUGAUUGAUAAAUCAAAUCAAAGGGCAUCAUCAACUGCGCUCACUCGAUACACACUUGAAUUAGUUAAAGUAUUUGAGUUUAAAAAACCAAAAUCGAUCUCCAAUCAAUCUAGUUUUCUUGAUCCAGUUCGAAAUUUUUUCCGUCAUACAUCGACGAAUGGAGCAAGUUAUUACAAUACUGAUGUGCUUGGACAACAGAAACAUUGA